UGAGAGACAGAGAGAGAGAGUGAGAGAGAGAGAGAGAGAGAGAGAGAGAUGUAGAGACAGGAAGCCUCCACUGCUACUGAGCCAGUGAGACGCAGGCAGGCAGAGAGCGAAGACGGAGAGAGAGAGAGAGAGAAAGAGGCCCUCGGCAUCUCCGAGGCCGGCCCAAUGAGGGGGUGAGGGGCUCAAGAGGACUGCAACGGAGAGGAUAGCAGGAGGAGAAGCAGAAACGGUGGGAUACGAAGAGGGAAAAAGGCAGGGCGACAGAAUCACUGACAGGCUUUAGCGGGAAAAAGGGGAGCGGGUGGGUGGUAUCUCCGAUGAGGAGGGGAAAAAGCAGAUAAAAGUUUUGGAGACAGAGUAGGAGAGGGAAAGGGAAGGGGGGAAGAGACUGAGGACAGAGCGGAUAGAGUCUAUGUCAAUGGAAAAGGCAGGAGAUUCAUGGAGAAAGAGGAGGAAGCUCAACGUCUCAGGAGUCCUCCUGUUCCUCUUCUGCUUCUUCUUUCCGUGAGGCUGCCGGACAUCAUCCAUCACCAUGUUCUCUGACAGCAGGGCUCCAGCACCUGGGGAGCAGAAAGGCUUCAAGCCCCACGCCCCUCACUUCAUACCCUGGCUGCGCAAUAGUCUGAAGCCCCACCACAGCAGCGACCUGGGGCUCAACGGACCGUACAAAUCUGGCUCGCAGGAGGCCCGCAACAACCUGACUCCACUGGAGAGAGCCAAGGGGAUCGGCUUCUUCUCCAUUCAGGGAAAGGACCGAGCGAAGAAAGGGGAGUUUCGGUGCAAUGGUGUGGGGAUGGCGAGGAUGCUGCCAGUGGUGCUGCGGGGGCAUCACAUCCUGGGGAAGCAGAGGGAGGACAGCCCUGCCAGGCGGAAUCAAAAUCCAGAGCAGCACCCGGACCCCAACUCAAAGAUCAGUGCAGGGGACGGGCCACAGGGUCUGAGCAAGGACUCCGCACAGGACACCUUUGUUAGGAACCACAGCAGCCACCUGAGCCUCUUUCAGCCGCAGACUGACGGGACAAGCACCCCAGUCAGGAAAUAUGGGCCACUAGUGGCACCACCUCCUGCUCCUGUUACUGACGAGCCAAACUGUAAGGUGCCUGUUGUGGACAGGAGGGGCAAGGUGUGGGACUACGGCAGCAGUACUACCUACCGCCAGAGAGACCUUCAUUCAUCCAGCUGGGUAUGUUCAGACACUCAGGGACUAACAGACAGGCAGCACGAGUUCACCUCCAGCUUCAGCUACAUCAAACAUCAGAGCAGGAACUCCCAGAGCCAGAGAGACUUGACAGCGCUGAGGGAACCACCUGUGGAGGGUUUCAACGGGCCUCUCAACGGAGUCAUCUUCUCCACCGAGGUUCCUCAGAAAGGCCUGGGCUGUGCCACAACUCUACGUGUCCCCAGGAAACCCAGACCGAACCUGGAGCGUGCCGGGCUCCUGGGCCAGAACCAUACAUGGGUCCAGUACAGGCCGAGCAGCGAAGGGGAGCCACAGAGGAAGGAACCAGGCUGCAGCAGGAAGGUGGUUCGAAACCAGAUCAAGCGGGUGGUGAACAACCUGGAGCAGGUUCUCACAGCGCUGAGAGACGUUCACCAGGAAAUGAGAGAGGUGGUGCAGCAGAUUGACUACCUAACCUCAUCCAUUGAUCUAAAUGAGGAGGAGCAGCAGAGGACCGCAGGAGGUGACAGCAACUCCAGUUCAGCCUCCAGCUCCAGCGAGGAGAGGAGAGGUCAUCACAACGGGAGCCGGUCUCCACCAAAUGUGCUGCUGAGCCCGGUAACCUCUUGCUUUUCAUCAGAGAGGAGUCGAACUCUUCGGUUCACCUCCAGUCUGGGGUCUUCUCCCAGACAAGGGGGCCCGCAGCAGUCCACGGACGGUACCCCUAAACGUCAAAACCUCCCCUCUUAUGACCUCACUCUGUCUCCCCAAAGAAGCCUCCCUGUUCGGCCGCCCACUCCUGGUCUCUCGCCUCUAACGGUAAACCUCCACCACACAAACAGCCCUGGUUCUCAGCCUCACUCCCCUGGGCCUUCCUCCUCCAUCCGGGUCUCCCCUCCCUCCCCUCUGUCUCCAAAGCCUCAACACACCCCCAUCCUUAGCCCUCCUGUCAUCGUAGAGAACAAAAUCGGAUCUUAUCAGACCCCACAAAGCGCUGACCCAUCUGCCGGUCAGCUCAGUCCAUCAUCGACCCAGCCUCCGUCUGCCAGCUGCCCACCCACCGCCUCAGACACUGUGUCCAACAAUGACAGAGAGCGGCGAGCAUCCUCAGCAGGGCCCGUUAACGGACCUUCACAGGUGUUCGCUGCCCCCGCAGCCACAGCUAAACCACCAACGGCGCCAGGCCGCAGAGGUCGCAAGCCUCCUCCGUACCCCCACCACAGACCAUCUGAGCAGACAAAGAAAGUGAAGGAGCCCCGCAAAGCUCCUCCGUACCCCGAGAAACGAAGGCUGCUCUCGACCACAGUGUGAGACAAUGCAGCGGGAGGGGGAGGCUGAUCGAACAGAGCCAUAUUCACAGCACCAGCCACGAGUCUGCGAGAGUGGAGAGAGUGAUUUAACGCUCGCCAAGUUGAGCUGAGACCAAGUUUCCAAGGUGACAAGACGCAGACGCAAUUUGAGGUGAGUAUGUCGGGAAGAACAGCUUGGUUCUGCAAAUGUCCUUCUCGCCCCCCUCCAAUACAAAUCUCUUGAGUACAUACCCUGAACAUACACAGGGCAUCAUAACAUCUGUCUGCUCUGGUAACAAGAGCCUCUGUACAGAUGCUCAGCCCAGCUCUCCCACAGACUGCACAGUUAAAGGGCAAAGGAGAAGGCCUAAUUAGAUAGAAAUAUGGAGGAAAUUGAAAUUAUUGCGAGAUGUCAAGACAAAAGUAAGAAAUGAUGACUUUAGCGCAGCCAGACGCAUCCAAUCCACUCACACG